AUGUACAACAUAAUAUUCGUUUGUUUAGCUGUGAGUUUCGCGCUUAUAAACGCUGCAGUAAGAAACUCAUUUGGAAAUGAUCCUGCUAUAUUAGCUUUCAAAAACAAAGUCAUAAAUGAACUUGAGGAUUAUCCUAAAAUUCAACCACGUGUUCAGAAAAAAAUCGAAGAAGUGAUAAAAAAUGUUGAAGAUAGUACAGCUAAUAUUCGAGAAAAUGAAAAAAUAUUAAAAGCCAAAAUAAAGAACCUUAUGGAGAAUCUAGUGGAAAAACGCGAAACAAUUGAACAAUAUGUGCGCUGUAAAACUAAACAUCAAGAAGCAGAAACUUUUCAUGGAUUUCUUAAAGAAAUAGAAGAAUCAUGGGCAUUCACGAUGCUUACAACAUAUUUUAAAUUUCUAACUCUGAAGAAAUGCCUCAAAGAUCAAGUAAAGAUAUCAGAAAAUAUGAAGUCUGAUAACACUGAAGAAAAGUGCAAUCAAUUUAAAACAUUCACUGAAGAAGAUAUUAAGGAUCUAGAUGACUUGAUUGCUAAAAAAUACAUGAAUAUGAAAUCGUUUAAAAAGGGAAUGUUUAUGUACGAUUUCGCUGUGAGAAAUGUUGAUGAAUUAAUAUCUUUAGCAAAGAGAAUUGGUGGUUUUCUACGAUUUUAA